AUGGCGACGGUCAGCCAAAUUACUACCAAGGAACUAGGCACGGUCAUGCGAUCCCUGGGGCAGAACCCGUCAGAGUCUGAACUACAAGACAUGAUCAAUGAAGUGGAUGCAGACAAUAAUGGAACGAUUGAUUUCCCAGAAUUUCUUACGAUGAUGGCCCGUAAAAUGAAAGAUACAGACUCCGAGGAAGAAAUCCGAGAGGCAUUCAAGGUGUUUGACCGAGAUAACAAUGGCUUCAUUUCAGCCGCUGAGCUGCGUCAUGUCAUGACCUCGAUCGGUGAGAAGCUCACGGACGACGAAGUGGAUGAGAUGAUUCGAGAGGCUGAUCAGGAUGGUGAUGGACGUAUCGACUACAACGAAUUCGUGCAAUUGAUGAUGCAGAAAUGA